AUGCAACAAGUUUAUGUUUUCAUUUUUGUUUCUUCAUCAAGAGUUCUUCUAUUUUUUAAAAAAUUUCACGUCUACUUCUUUCUUUCUUUCUUUCUUUCUUUCUUUCUUUCUUUCUUUCUUUCAGUCAUUAUUUUCUUUCUUGAAAGAAAGAAAGAAAGAAAGAAAGAAAGAAGGAAAUUCUUUCUUUCUUUAAUUUUUCUUUGCUCAUUAUUUUCUUUCUUUCUUUCUUUCUUUCUUUCUUUCUUUCUUUUUUUCUUUAAUUUUUCUUUGCGUUUCUUUCUUUCUUUCUUUCUUUCAUUCAUUAUUUUCUUUUUUUGUUUCUUUCUUUUUGCCUUUCUUUCUUUCUUUUUUAAAUUUAUCCUUUGCGUUCUCUUUCUUUCUUUGCUUUUCUUUCUUUUAUUUUUUGCGUUUCUUUUUUUCUUUCAACAUUUUCAAAUUAAGCAUUGCUGCCUCAAAAUAUCUAUCUAUCUAUCUAUCUAUCUAUCUAUCUAUCUAUGUCAGUCUCUUCCUUAUCUAUCUAUCUAUCUAUCUAUCUAUCUAUCUAUCUAUCGUUCUCAGUCUGUUCAUUAUCUAUCUAUCUAUCUAUCUAUCUAUCUAUCUAUCUGUUCAGGAACAGCUGAACCGGUGACAGACGGAAAUACCAUAUUUACGGAGAUGCCUCCUCUACUGCAACGGGCGCCGGAUAAAAGCGGUGACUCUAAGUUGAAAUAA